CCUCGUAGCGCUGCACCCUGGGAGUCGUAGUACGGGGAGACCCAAAAGUCUACGUCCGCAAAGCCCCCUCUGGACUACACUUCCCGGCGUGCAUAACUCCCACUGUUGUUGUGGACGAGGCUGAACACCGGUCCCUGGGUGACAGGGCAGGAUGGAGGCCGGUCUUCCAAGUGAUGAAAAUGACAUUGCCCUGUCAGAUUAUCUGGAACUUGAAGAACUCCCAGAUACAGACGAGCCCCUUUACAUCCUAGGAAAGCAAUAUGACAUAAAAACAGAGAAGAGUGAAUUGCUUUUAGAUGUUACUUCCAGGCUGUGGUUUACGUACAGAAAGAAAUUUUCUCCAAUUGGUGGAACAGGCCCAUCCUCUGAUACUGGCUGGGGUUGUAUGUUGAGAUGUGGACAGAUGAUGUUAGCUCAAGCCUUAAUUUGCCAGCAUCUAGGCAGGGAAUGGCAAUGGGAGAAACAUAAAAAACAGCCGGAAGAAUAUUACCAGAUCCUGCAGUGUUUUCUGGACAGGAAAAAUAGCUGUUACUCCAUUCACCAGAUGGCACAGAUGGGUGUAGGAGAAGGGAAGUCUAUAGGUGAAUGGUACGGACCAAACACAGUGGCUCAGGUCUUAAAGAAACUUGCUUUAUUUGAUGAAUGGAAUUCAUUAUCUGUUUAUGUUUCAAUGGAUAACACUGUGGUCAUUGAAGAUAUAAGGAAAAUGUGCCGCCAUCACCCUUACAAUUGGAGCACGGCGCAAAGCAGUUCUCACACUCACCAAAGUGCUUGGAGCAGAUGUAGAGACACUUCAGAGCAGACGUCAGCAUGGAGGCCACUUCUGCUUAUUGUCCCUCUGCGCCUAGGAAUCAACCACAUCAAUCCUGUUUAUAUAGAUGCUUUUAAAGAAUGUUUUAAAAUGCCCCAGUCAUUAGGAGCUUUAGGUGGAAAACCAAACAAUGCCUAUUAUUUCAUAGGUUUUUCAGGGGAUGAACUAAUUUACCUGGAUCCCCACACAACGCAGACCUUUGUGGACACAGACGAAACUGGCACGGUGCAGGAUCAGACAUAUCACUGCCAAAAAAAUCCUAACAGGAUGAAGAUUUUGAAUCUGGACCCCUCGGUGGCAUUAGGAUUCUUUUGCAAGGAAGAAGCAGAUUUUGACAAUUGGUGUAAAACUGUAGAAAAGGAGAUACUAAAGCAGCAGAGUUUACGGAUGUUUGAACUGGCACCAAAGCACCCUCCUCACUGGCCUCCGUUUAUACCACCAACAAAACCAGAGGUGACCACUACAGGCGCAGAGCUCAUUGAGUCGACUGAUAAACUCUUUGAUAUGGAGGAGGAGUUUGAGAUCCUCACAGUGUGAUGAAGUCUCUGUGAAUGUGCUGCUGCCGCUGGACUACACACAGCAGAUGCAAGUUUACCAGAAAGUGCCUGAGUCAGAAAAGAGCACAGUGCUGGGAGCCGCUGACAGCAAUUUCCGCACUGGAUAUACGUUUCUAGGAGAGAGAUACCCUUUCAUUGUAUACUUCUGUUUUCUACGACGGCCAACAGUGUUUACACUCUCACUCGGUGUGUCUAAAGAUGGAGUUCAGAUAUUUGCACUGAACAAUGGCACUGCAGGCCCCUGCGUUUCACAGUAUACACGUAGCAGACAAAGGGUUAACUGUCUCCUUUUUUGCAAUACCUUAACUUGCACCGUUUUAUACACUUCCAUGCUGGAAAAGUCUGUAUUGUUUGUAAGAAUUUUAACAAUUCCUUGG